CCUCCAGGGUUUCCGCAAACUCUGUUUUGUUUGCGAAAGACAAUGAAUUAAGGGAAUUAGUCACAUACGAGAUGCUGGAGAAGUGAAUGUCAUCGAGAGACCGUAGAGGAAACACUCGAUGGGAAAUAUUGGCCGUGAAAACCAGACGGAUCCGGGACGGGUACGUUGUUAUGUUAGUGGAGCGGAUAUAGCAUGCUUCCGCUAUGGCAUAGUGACCAGUAACCCGUUGAUAAGUAGUACCCUCCGGGCAGAUGACCGAUACAUAGAAUGACUGAGGGAAAUAAAAAUAAUGCAGACCCUGAAAGUUCUUAUGGAAAACAGGCGUUGGUGUUAGCUGCUUGUAAGAGCACAGGGAAAGAGCGUCAGACGCGUUCACGCGGGUGAGGGCGAUCUCGCAUACCCCUCCCCGAACUGAUAGGAAGGCAAUGAGAGACGCAGAGCAAUAGAAUCGCCUGAAGACCGUCUCCUUGCAAUAUUGCAAGUGAGUAGCUACCCGUUGAAUACAGAGCGAAAUCCUUCGCGACUAGAACAAGAGACGGGGACGUGUCCAGGGCUAACACACUGUCCUUAGCUGAAAAAGGGAACGGAACAAUUUCGCGUGCCUCAAACACGUCCGCCGUCUGAAAUGGAACAUGAAUGAUUAUGGCAUCGGGGGUGAGGCUGGACUCAAUCAAGGGGUAAAAAUAUUGACUAAUGUCUGGGGUGAAUAAAGGUGUUAGGCUAUAAUUUUGAUACCCGAUAUGGACAGGUGUGACUCUACCGUGCGCUGCAUCAACCAUGUUGCUAAUAACCUGCUGAUUUGCCGUUGCGACAGAGUUAAUGACGUUUUCCAAUACAUGCAAGGCCUGAUCUAGGAGGAGAAACUGAUUCACCUGGUCGAUCUGUUUGACAACUAUGUUGAUAACCUCUACCAUCUUAUUUGUCUGCUCUAGAAGUUCCUCAAUGUUAGUAUGCAGCCGCGCAAGUUUUCUACAAUUGGCGUUGAUCACCCAGCGAUUUCGGGCAGCAAAGGAAAGUACAUGAGCGUAGUGGUCCCGCAAAUCGCGUACGUCCUCGUCGGUUGCCGUACCGAAAAGGAACUUUGAGGUGGACCCAACGAUGUUGAGCAACUCCCUCUACACCAGGCCCGUCCAUAAGGGGGGGCACGGGGUGGCACUGCCCCCCCUACCAGAUUCGCUGCCCCCCCAACUACCAAGUUUCCUGCUCCUCCCCUCCUACUCCCCACCCCAACUAUCAGGUUCUCAGUUAAUAUCGAGGAGAUCUGGGAAUGUCUCUACGAGCGUUGGUACUCACGUUUACUGCAAGAUUUCGGUUUCCGUAUAUUGUGUAGAUGUUAUCCUCUUCCGGAAAUCAAGAAAAAAAAAGUUACACAAUAAAAAAAAUUCCUGUAUCCCCUGCAGCGUAAACCCUCCCCGCCCCACGUAACGCCAUGAAAACAAUAAAAAAAUUGAACGAUCUAUAUAUGUAUCAACCAAUGGCGCGUUACAUCUUAUUUUUUCAGUCAAUCGACCAAUCAGCGAGCUUUUUGUUCCCAACCCGCAGGCAUUUCAAAUCAGUCUCAGUCUAGCGAGGGAGGAGGUUGGGUGUCGUCACUGUCGUGUCGCAGUUCAUGGAAAGUGUUUAACAAAUGUGAGGAUGCGAUUCCAAGGCGCCCCGGCCGCCAACAAGAGCGUGGUGGUCGAGAACAGCCUGUACGAGACUUUCGAGGACACCCGCAGGACCGAGGUGGUCGAGAACAGCCUGUACGAGACCUUGGACAACACCCGCGGGACUGAGGUGGUCGAGAACAGCCUGUACGAGGCCUUGGACAACACCCGCGGGACUGAGGUGGUCGAGAAUAGCCUGUACGAGACCUUGGACAACGCCCGCGGGACUGAGGUGGUCGAGAACAGCCUUUACGAGACCUUGGACAACGCCCGCGGGACUGAGGUGGUCGAGAACAGCCUUUACGAGACCUUGGACAACGCCCGCGGGACUGAGGUGGUCGAGAACAGCCUUUACGAGACCUUGGACAACGCCCGCGGGACUGAGGUGGUCGAGAACAGCCUGUACGAGACCUUGGACAACACCCGCGGGACUGAGGUGGUCGAGAACAGCCUUUACGAGACCUUGGACAACGCCCGCGGGACUGAGGUGGUCGAGAACAGCCUGUACGAGACCUUGGACAACACCCGCGGGACUGAGGUGGUCGAGAACAGCCUGUACGAGACCUUGGACAACACCCGCGGGACUGAGGUGGUCGAGAACAGCCUGUACGAGGCCUUGGACAACACCCGCGGGACUGAGGUGGUCGAGAACAGCCUGUACGAGACCUUGGACAACACCCGCGGGACUGAGGUGGUCGAGAACAGCCUGUACGAGACCUUUGAAAACGUGAGGAAGCCGCGGUAAUGGAGAAGGAAAUGUAAGAGGAGGAAGAAGAUGAGAAGCAAGCGUGAAAGCAUGGGAGGGCAGGCAACAAAAAGCCUGUUAGUUCAUCACGAGGCUGCCUGCUGUAGCGACAGUGUUAAUCAGCUCGUCAGCCACUUGAGUGACCUGCGCCACAGACUAAAGCACUUUUGUACGCACGCGCGGGCCCUUUGAGCUCGCCCCUGACGCAGCAAAGUGACGACCAGUGCGAUCUUGGAAGGAAAUUAUCGCUUUCGAGCAAACUACUUCUGCAGUAAGGCUGUUCCAGUGGCGGACGGGUCUUUCAGAAAUAACUCCUACCUAUAUCUGUGGGGUGGGCGAGGCGAGGCACCCCCGGUGUAUGCCCCCAUUGAUUGGCAGAUUGCUGCAUCGUUUGAAGGAAGGGAAGGAGGAGGACGAAGGAGAAAAGGAAAAAGUAGAGAAGAAGAAGGAGGAGGAGGAGGAGGAGGAGGUUUAUAAGGAGGUUGCCUGCCUUGCUGGUUCAAAAUGUCAGGCGGGGACUUGAGGGGACACGAAACAGUUUAACACGUGUGUACGCGGCCAAGGGGACGCGGAGGCCCUGCCGCGUGCUGAGAAUGAGGGCGAGAAGAAGAGGAGAUAAUAAUAAUAAUAAUAAGAAGAAGAAGAAAAAGACCAAGUAGCCACAUUGCUGUGUGUCCACGCAGUAUUGUCGGACAAGUAGGGUUAGUACAGCCAGUGGGUUUAAAUCCGUGACGGAUAUAUCAACUAAAGGAAAAUGAGGGUUUGCCCGGCAUUAUAACAGUCAAUAAUAUAGUUUAUAAAAUAGCCUGUAUUAUACAUGUAUUAUAUAUGAAUAUUCAUUGAUGUGAAUAUACUAAUAUGAUGCCCCAUGACAGGAAUAUGACUAGGUGAUACGAAUAUGUAUAAGGUAUGAUGAAUUGAUUAAGAAUAUAAUAUGAAUAUGAUGUGAUUCUUUAGACAUGCCAUGCCUGUAAUUCAUGAUGUGGAAAUGAAUACGAAUAACAGUAUAUGAUUCAAUAAAUAUAAACAUGUAACAUGGAUAUGAAUAUAGAUGUAAAACAUAUGAAUACAUGACAUGAAUAUGAAUAAGACAUGGUGUUAUGAUAUGAGUAAGGAAUGAAUAUGACUAGCCACCAUAUGACUGGGAUGUGACAGGCUGUUAUCAAUAUGAAUGUGAUGUGAUUAAAGUGAGGAUAUGACAUGACAUGGAAACGAUGAAAAACAAAUUAUCUGUUGUGAUUGUGAAUAUGUUGUGCUGUGUGAAGAUGAAUUUGAAUAUCACGUGAUAAUACGAUAUCUAUAUGUACUAAAUGAUAUGAUACCAAUAAUACAACCGGCUUCAAUAAACGGCAAAGGCCUGCUCCAGGAUGUCCUGCGUUUCUUCAUCUCUCUCUCUCUCUCUCUCUCUCUCUCUCUCUCUCUCUCUCUCUCUCUCUCUCUCUCUCUCUCUCUCUCUCUCUCUCUGUUACAUUUUCAUUAUUACUUUAUUUAUCAUUUUCUUCAUUCUUCUAUUUCCGUUUCGUUUUCUCUUUGUCACUGUUUAUUUUUACUCCCUUGUUUACCUUUCUUUUUCUUUCUCUCUUCUUUUCCUUUCGUCUUUCUGUUCCUCCAUAAUUCUCUUUUAUUUGUUUCUCUCUCCUCUCUUCUUCUUCUUGUCUCCUCUCCUUUAUUUUUCUUUCGUCUCCUCUUCAUCCUCCUCUUCCUUUCCUUGUCUUUCCUUUCGUCUGUUCUUCUUUUCUCUUUUCCUUUUGUGUUCUCUCCUCCCUUCUCUUUCCUCCUUCGUUAUCACUCCUUCCUUCAUUCCCUUUCCUUCCUGUCUUUCUCUUUCCCUUCUUUCCUCUCCUCCUCCUCUUCCUCUUUUGUUUUCUUCUUGAUGUUUUCUCCAUGUUCCCUCCCCUUGUUAUGGCUAACAAGGAUGAGAUAGACUUUCUGAUCAAAGAGAGAAACACUGAUGUAUUAUGCGUAAGUGAAACGUGGUUAUCACCUGAAACUCCUAACGAAUAUAUUGAUAUUCCUAACUAUAACAUUUUUAGGUGUGACAAGGGUAGGGGUGGAGGUGUUUGUAUCUAUAUAAGAGAUAUUUACAAGGCUACUCCUGUACACUUUGACGCAGUAAGACCACAGGGUGUGGAAGACGUGUGGGUGGCAGUUCAAAGCUGUAAGUUUCCUACAGUCAUUAUCGGGUGCCUUUACCGACACCCCAAGUCACUUUCUUGUACAUAUGACUAUAUAUCUGAUGUUUUAAAAUGUGUCAUUUUAAAAGGUAAGGAUUUUUAUAUUUUAGGGGAUUUUAAUGAUGAUUUUUUAUUAAACAGCAGUAAGCUGAAACAAAUUAUUGCAAAUGCAAAACUAACUCAAGUAAUUUCCAAACCCACGAGGAUUACUUCCAGCUCUGCCACACUGUUAGACUUAAUUGUAACCAACAAACCUCAUUCUGUAAUAGUUUCUAACACACUUCCAUGCCAUGUGGCUGACCAUGAACUGAUCACUGUAACUAUUAACUUACGAAAGGCCAAGCGUGCACCUACUGUAAAAACUUUUCGUGAACUAAGAAGAUAUUCGCCAGAAUUUUUGUGUAACUUACUUUAUCAGGAGAGUGCUAAUUUAAACAAGAUGUUUGCCACUGACAAUACCGAAACACAGGUUAACAUAUUCACUGAAUGUUUCAACAAAUGUCUUAAUGUGUGUGCACCUUUAGUGACUAGGGAAGUAAAGAGGCCCCCCGCUCCAUGGAUCACUCAUGACUUACGAGCUAAGAUGCUGGAGAGGAACACCA